CUCCCUUCCCCUCUCAUAAAUAAAUAAAUAAAUAAAUUUAAAAAAUGAUUCUUGCAGUGGUCUCUAACUCCUCUCCUCAUUCCUCUACUCCCAUUUUUGGGACUUAAGUAAGUCAAUAAAUCUCUUGGGGGAAAUCUAGCCUUUAAUUUCUAAAGAGCUUUUAUACUAAUCAAUCAUCAUGAGUAACCAUAUUCAAAUCAAUGCCUAUUGUAUCAGAAGACAUGUAACUUGCUGUUUCUUUUAUUAAAAGAGACCUGGUACUUAUCUUUUUGGCUGAUUCUUGUAAAUUCAUCUUUUUUCAAAAUUCGAGAGAGAUAUUAAAUGCCAUGACUGAUCCUAAGUAGACUUACUUAGUGGGAAAAGAAAUAAUGAGGCUUAGUAAGUGGUAAUUCAUCUGUAAUAAGGCUAUAGCAAUUGAAUUAAAAUCUUAAAGUAAAUCAUAUUGAUACAGCAACUUAUUUCUCCUGUUCUCAUCCUUGUCUUCAGUCAUUCAUCAUUGCAUUUAAUAAAAGAGAUUCUGAAACGUUAUCAUGUCACUGCUGCUGGUUCAAACCCUGACAGUAUGAACGAGCAUUAGCUACCUCCCUGUGCAGCAUUCUCCCACCUUGGCCUUGACUUCCCCCUGAAAUAAGUUCUCAGAUGAGUUCCAAGAGCCUGUCCUAUGUUCUCUCACUGUCUUUACACUUUCAAAUCAAGUCUGUCUGGAAUCAUGCAUUUGGUCCUUUGUGAGGUCAUUUCCUAAGGAAUAAACUUCACCUUUCCUAUCCCCCCUUGUGUGAUGGGUUAUUGCAGUGGUAAAUUGUUUUCCUAAUGGAAAAGACUUUGCAGCAAUGGUCACCGCGUAGUGUUUGGAUCCCUUUAACACAGAUAUUUUGUUGGGCAAAGCAAGAGGCUAUUCUUUUUCUUUACUUUUUUUUCUUAAUUAAAAGUAUUGACCAAGCUAUGUAUCUUUCAAAUACAUAGAGAGGGGGCCAGUGAGUUGGGAUGAGCAAUGUGGAAAAUUAAUUUUAUUUGCUGUAUGACUCAAACACUUACUUAGAGGAUCUGAAAAAGCAAACACUAGAAGGACAUGGUGCUAACCAGUGUUUCUAGUUUCUAUCUUUAGGCUGUUUAAUUGAAUUUCUUUUACUCAGCUGCCUGUCCUCUGAAUUUACUCCUAGUACUGUGGAUCAUUCUUCAAAGCUCAGAGCUAAGGCUAUAGUGUUUCUGCCUGAGAACUUGGGUUGGCUGGAAACCCUGAGGCAAUGACAGGGACCUCAGUGCCCUUGGGACAUGGCCCACCAACUAAUUUAAAGAUGCUGCAAAGAGGAUGAGGAGGGACGAACUGGUGGUGACCAUGGAAGAGACAGGUGGGCAGGACGAUGAUGCUGCGCUGGGCAGCCCUUUUCCUGGCCUGGAGCCAGCGCCUGCCGGCCGCCUGGGGGCGCCAUAUUCCGAGGCCUGGGGUUACUUUCACCUGGCCCCGGCCCGCCCUGGACAGCCGUCUGGCUACUGGGCCACCUGCCGGCUGUGCGGGGAGCAGGUGAGCCGAGGCCCGGGCUUCCACGCGGGCACCCCGGCGCUGUGGAGGCACCUGAAGAGCGCACACCGGCGCGAGCUGGAGAAGAGCGCCGCACGCCGUUCACCGCCGCCCGCGCCCAGCCCUGCUGCGGCCGCAGAAGGCGACUGGGCGCGCUUGCUGGAACAGAUGGGCGCGCUGGCCGUACGGGGAAGCCUGCGAGAGCGCGAGCUGGCACGGCGCGAGGCGGCCGUGGAGCAGGGCGAGCGCGCCCUGGAGCGGAGGCGCAGGGCCCUGUUGGAGGAGGAGCGAGCUGCGGCCCAGGCGCGGCGGGAGUUACAAGCCGAGAAGGAGGCGCUGCAGGCGCGGCUGCGAGAACUGAGCCGUCGCGAAGGAGCCUUGACCACGGCCCCCCUGCAGACUCCUCUCAAAGAGGAGCCCGAGGGGGAGAGGGACAGCUACACCAUCACUAAGGUCCAGCUGUAGGUUUGGGCCGCUCUCGCCACCCCAUGCCAGCGCUACCCCAAGUGUGGUCCGCGGACCAGCGUCUUCAGCCUCACCCGGGAGCUGAAUUUCAGCCCGCUGCCUCCCAGUGAAUUGGAAUCUCCAAUGCGCGGCCUUGAAAAGCGCGUCUGAGGCCUGAACAAAACCAAAAAUCAUUCCUACUCUGGAGUCGCUUGGGGUGCCUGGGAGCGCAAGCUCCAGCGGCUCCCUUUGCUGUUGGCAUUUAGUGGGCAUCGUGCAUGGAGCGGUUUCCCUCCAAAUGACUUUGGGAAUGAUAGCUCCAGCAGCCCGUAGAACCUAAAUCUUCCAAGGCCUUCUACCUGGUGGCUCUGAAAGGACAGAAGCUUCCUUACACGCCAAAGACGACCACACCACGUGCCUGUACACCAGCUGGGACAACCCAGGGUGGAGGGUCCAUGGAAAUAAUGGUAAAGCAUUUUAUC